GCAGGAGAACGUCCUCACUCUGAAAUGAGAACUAGAAUUUUUAAUACAGGAUGGAAUUAGGCAUCCUUUCUCCAGAGAAACUACUUUCGUCUAGAGAAAGAUUACUAGCGGUAGAACCCACCACCUUGGCCCAUCCACUGAACAGGAGUUAAGCAGUGAUGGGAGCACAGUACCAACAACAGGUGCAAAACGUUUUGACCUUGAGGACCCAGCCCCCUGUGACUGCUUCCAAGAAACUUGCCCAGACAACCCCUGCAAGUGUGGCUGACAGCCUUCUCUGCCAUUCACAGAACCCAUUCACAGCCCCGAGUCACAGCUGCACAGGAGACCGUCCUGCUCUGCAGAGAACUCAUCCUCCUUCCAGAACAAGGACCUCCAUCGGAGUCAACUGUAUAACAGUUGUGGAUCUGUUACACACGGAUGAAGUUCACUUCUGACUCAACUACAAAUCUACAGUCCUCAGCAGUUACAGAAAAAACAACCACAAAGCUGAACAAAGUCAGUCUGCCUUCCUACAAGUCCACAGUGGGACUUCAGUUAAAAUCAAAGAAAGUAUCUUUUAUAAGUUGUAAAUGACUUGUGACCAUUUAUCAUAACAUUUAUAAUUGGCUGGAGCAUUUUUCUGUUUUAUUAUUUGCUUAUAGUUUUUUGUUUGCUUCUGGAUUCAUCUAAUCAUUUUACCUGUGAUUAUAUUGUAGACAAUCAAGCCUAUCAUUUGCUGUGAUAUUGAUAAUAAGAGAUAUUUAACUUUUGCUCUAUUUUAAUUUAAACCUUGUGAUAAUACAGUUAGUACCAAAGUUUAGGGCUAUUGCUAUUUUCCCACAUAAGAUCUUGGCCCCAGGUAUAAUGAUGGCUCUUGCUUUUCUUUACUGUCUCAUCCCACUGGUGUCUGCUGUUUCCUGGAGGGAAAAUUCUCUAAUUAUGUUAUCUCAGAGUAUAGCCACAGGUCAGAAAGUAAGUAAUUGUUGGGUAUGCCAUUUGAUAUCUGAAGACAUCCAGAAAGACUUUGUCCCACUUAUAGUCCCCGUAAUUGAUUUUGGUACUGUGCCAGAACCCAUGACCUACUAUCAUCUUCCUCCUCCAGGCCGCACAUUCAAAGUUAGGUUAAACAGAUUACCUAAGAAUGCCUCUACCCCUUGUUUCACCUUGUCUGAGAAAAUUUUCAGGGGACCAAAAGUCAGAACUGGUCCACCGCGGUCUCUUGACUUUCUCCUGAAAAAAUGUGAUGAACAAAACCCCCUGAAAUGUAUGAAUGACAAAUGUGAAAGAGCUAAAAGUGACACUAAUUCAUGCCAGAGAGUCAGAAAAGUUAAAUAUAAUGUAACGAGAAUCUGGAAGGCUUGCACUGGUAGUGAUCCCUGGCUAGAGAAUGUACUGUCCGUGCUUCCCCAAAAAGAAAGUAUCAAUUUCACUACCCUGGGAGGUAUAACAUGUGCCCCGACAGGAUAUUACUUUGUCUGUGGCACAGGAAAUACCCCAAGAAGUGAAGGGAGGGCAUAUCGCUGCUUAGACAGCUGGGAAAUACAAGGGUCCUGCCUACUGGGAUAUGUAAAGAUGCCUUUAUCCUUGUAUAGCCUGGAGAACAUCUCUUCCCUCACUAAACCAAACACCUAUAAUAAAAGAAUGAUAUUGGCAGUAUAUGAGAACAAUAUAGGACAAAGCUCUUUUGGCAACCUCACACCAAUUGCCAGAGUUUAUGUCAAUAGAGAUACAAUUCAUAACCUAUCUGCCACAAUUGGACAAAUUGCUGAAGACACAGAUAAAAGUACUGUAGCCCAACACAUAUCUUUGAACUCAUUGACUCGAGUGUUCCCGGGCAAUAAAAUAGUCCAUGAUUUCUUAUUAGCAGAACAAGGAGGAGUGUGUGUAAUGGCUAAUAAUACAUGCUGCACAUACAUCAAUACCUCUGGAGAAGUUGAAACCCGAGUAAACAAAAUACUUCAAAAGGCUACCUGGUUAUAGGAUGUACAUAAAAAGGAUGCACAUCAGGACUUAUUUCAGAACACAUCUGAAAUAGGGGGACUUUUUUGAGUACUGUUACAAGGCUCUAUUUGAUCAUCAUCUUCUCUCUAAUGUGUUUCUUAAUUUUCAAUUGUUUGUUCAGAUGCUAUGACAAAGUGGUCAAAGAGAGAAAUCAUGUUUUCGUAAUUCAAAGUAUGAUGCUAGACUUGGGACUCAAGAAUUCUUUGAAAAGAAGAUUCAAGACUUUUGCUCCUCUAAUUCUGAAGAAUUAACAUCGCCCCUGUUCAGCAGGAAGUAGCCAGAGCGGUCGUCGCCCCUGUUCCCCUCAGGAUGAGGAGUAUCAAAGUGCAGAGGGACCUGAAAUUGAGCAGGACCCUGCAGGGUCUUCCUGGAUACAAUCUCCUAUUGUCCCCACUUCUUGUUUGUAGAAAAAGAUUGAGAUUUUUAGGUCUUCACAGAGUUCCUAAGAGCAGACUCAAGCAGUUAAUAAUUACAGAAGUGAGGAAAUACAGGAACAAAGGAAAAGCAAUCAAGAAAUAAAUGUUUAGUCAUAAAACAGAGUCACAGGAUUCCUAGAUCCUUUUCAAGGGAUAUAGAUAAUAAACUAAUGCAACAUAUCUUUGAGUUGUUUUUCAGAAACCAGGAUCUCAUGAUGAAACCCAGUGACCACAGCCAAACAAGUUUGAACCAGAAGAAUGAUGAUCAAGAUGCCAGACAUCACUUUGUUGAUUAAAACCCCAUCAAUCAGAAUAUUCCAUGAGAUAAUCACACACUUAAGAUCCUUACCCUUAUCUUUAAUAUAAAAAUCUCCUGUCUGAAAGUCACUGGGGAGUUCAGGUCCUUUAAACAUUUACUGCCCAUUCUCCUUGCUUGGCACCCUGCAAAUAAAUGCUGUACUUUCUUUCACCACAACCCUGUCAGUAGAUCGAUUUUGCUUAUUUGGGUGGGCAAACUCAAGUUUGGUUAAGUAACAACCUGUGUUUUGAUUAGGAGAGCUCAGUGGUUUUUCUUAAUGACUUCUCAGCUUAUUGAAUGUUAGGAGCACUUUCAAGCAUACAAAAGUAUAAACUCAUAUCCAUUACCCAGAUUCAAGAAGAACUGUAUUCCUCAUUUGUCUUUACUCUUUUUGUUGAAAUAUUUUAAAGCAAAUCACAGACACCAUGCCAUUUCACCCUUAGAAACUUCAGUAUCUAUCUCUUAAAAUAUGAGUGUUUUCUUAAAUAACCACAAUAUGAUUGCCCCAGCCAAUAAAUUUCAUAUUCCAUAAUACGGAGUACUCAGUAUAUAUUGAAAAUUUCCUGCUCUUCCUCAAUUGAUUUAUUCAAGCCAGAAUCUAAAUAAGGGGCACAUAAUUAUCUAUAUCUGCUAACCUAGAAUAGCACUUUAUUCCCCAAGUUAUUAAAGUAUUGGAAUCCUAUUGAAGGUCCUACCUGGUGGAUUUUUCUUAUUACUCAUUCAUAGUCAUUUUGAUAGCUUCAAGUACAACAAAUUUUUUCCAUCUUUCAAAACUGAAACUCUACUCACUAAACACUAUUUCUCUAUUCCCCUCCCUUUCCCUUCUCCCUUGGCAAUACCUAUCUACUUUGUUUCUCUCUGAAUUUGACUAAUUUAGGUACCUCAUACAAGUAGAUUCACACUAUAUUGGUCUUUUUGUGACUGGCUUAUUUCACUUAACAUGAUAUCUUCAAGGUUUAUCCAUGUGGUAACAAGUGUUAUAUUUUCCUUCCUUUUUAAGGCUGAAUCCUGGAGUAGGAAAUGGCACCCAACUCCAGUAUUCUUGCCUGGAAAACUCUUUGGACAUAGGAGCUCAGUGGACUAGGAGCUCAGUGGACUACAGUCCUUGGGGCCACAAAGAGUCAGACAUGAAUGAGCAACUGAGCACAAAGCUGAGUAAUCUCUUGUGAAUGUAUAUAUAUAUAUAUAUAUACCAUAUUUUUUAUCCACUCAUCCUUUGAAGGACACUUGAUUGGUUCCAUUUUUUGACUACUGUGAAUGAUGCUGCUUUAAAUAUGAUUGCAUAAAUCAAAACCACAAUGAGGUACCAUUACACGCCAGU